GUUCAGCAGGGGGACACAGCAUUUUGGGACUUUGUCCAAUGAAGCUACCAGUGAAAUGGGAUAUCCAGCUUGGCCAGCUGGACGUACCUGCUUCGAUGAUUCAUUUCCUAUUGGUCCCUGCUUUUCACAACUAUUUUUGCCAGCUGCGUCGGUUCUGAGUUCUGCACAAGUGUAGCUUUCGGUGUCGAGCCGUGGAGCGGAGUUUGAGACUCUAAACCGUGGCGUCGUGGAGAUCGUUAGACCGCCUUACGACCGGUUUUAAACUUCUAUACUUAGGCUUCCCCAGGGCUUGGGCCAUGAUUUCAGUAUUUCCCGAAUGCGCGUUUUUUUAAAGGAGGGAUUUGACUGUGCUGUGGACCGUUAUUCAAGGCAAAUAUCCGAUUCGAAAAAGGGAAACCGUUUUUCUGAUUGUGUUGAAUUUUGAGCAACAACUUUGGAACUUUUUGGUUUCUGACCGCAUUUUCUUCUUGCAGGUGGCUGGAGGAUCCCCUAAAGGAGUUGCGGGUCGCUUAGCUGAUGCCUUGACUGCUGGAGGUCAAAAGUUUGCAACCAAUUCCUUUUCCCUUCACGGCAAGAAGACGUGGUCAGAAGGUUUCAACACACUUCAGCAGGCUGUGGACAGUAGUGGGGACAUUCCCACCCUUGAGAACUCUGCAAUCCGAAGGCCCCUGAUUGAAAACAUCACCAAAGAAAAGCACGGCAAUGUGUACUCGGAGGAGUAUGCCAAGACCUUGGGCGGAAUGAUCGACAAUGUUGAGUACCUGGCGGGACAGCUCCAGAACGUGACCUUGAGCACUACAUGGCCAGAACCGCAAGAUUGGUCGGCCAACCGUCUCUUGAAACAGUUCAAGACCAUCUCCAAAUUGGUUGCAAGUCGCACAACCAGGAAGGCGGAAAGAGAGUUCUUCUACGUGGAGCUUGGAGGUUUCGAUACUCACAACGACGUGCACGAGACUUUGGAUGAACUCUUUGCAUUGGUGGACGAGGGACUGGACGUCUUUGUGAAGGAGAUGAAAGCACAGGGCGUUUUUGAGUCUGUGGUGUUGGUGACCACCUCCGACUUUGGGCGCACCAUGACCUCGAAUGGCAAGGGCACGGACCACGGAUGGGCAGGCAACACGUUUGUCUUGGGUGGCAACAUACGCGGUGGUGAGAUUUACAAUGAGUUCCCUGCGUCCCUGGUUGAGGGAAACUUGUACGAUGUUGGUAGAGGUCGGAUGAUUCCAAAGUACCCGUGGGAGAGUGUGAUGCUGCCCAUUGCAGAGUGGAUGGGCAUGGAUGCACAGGACAAGAGCACCGUUUUCCCCAACCUACAGAACUUCAAUUCCUCAAGGCUGCUUCCGACAAGCAUGCUUUUCAAUACGUAGCCAGUUGUGCAGAUUGGGCUCGCUACACGAGUUAAGUCAGCACUGCGUUUUUCUACAGCAGGGGAGGUGGCUCCUCUUCAACACCCGCUGUAGAAUGUCCCCCGUGAAGGAUGCUGAAAUUUUGCCGUGCCAGGCACGUAUUUCUCGGAGGCCAACAAGUUGCCUCCAAACUGAGAGAACCAUCAACAAACUAUAGCAGACUUCGCCUGACUCUGUUGGAAAGCAUUCCGUUUUCACAAUGUUGUUCUAGCAGGUGCUUCUCUCCACAUUUUUGAGGUUCCCAUUGGGAUCAUUUGAAUGAUAGUUGCACCAAGAUGUGCCAAUUAAAUCUUGGUACACCUGUCGAGGCAUCUCUGCAAUAGCAGACGUGCGGGUGCACAAUGGCAGAUGCCAUACCAGGGCCAUGAAACCCUGCCGUAGAAGCACAUGCCCUGGUAGGGUGCAAGAGACGUGCCAUGCAAAGCAAGGCAAAUCUCCAGACCGCAAAUUAGCGCAGCUUAAAAUGGGCCCAUGGAAGAGCACUGCAGUGAGGCGAACCGGAAACCCCAAAGACAGGCCGCUGUGACAAAAGCGGGAAGCCAUGUAUGACAAUACAAAACGUGCCAACGCGUAAAGGAG